AUGAAGCAGGCUCAAGAAGAAGAAUCUUUAUUGCUUCUCUCUCUCCUUUUCCAAAUAUGCGUUUCCCUAGACACCAUAACGCCGGACGAGCCUCUUAAAGACGGUGACAUCCUCGUCUCCCACAGAGAAACGUUUGCACUUGGGUUUUUCAGUCCUGUAAACUCUAGCCGUCGCUACGUCGGGAUUUGGUAUAACAAAGUGCCAGUGAAAACGGUUGUUUGGGUCGCUAACAAAGACGACCCUCUCGAAGACACUGCCGGUAUACUCUUCAUCGACGGUCAUGGAAACCUCGUCAUCACCGAGACGAACCGAAGCAUCCCUAUCUGGUCUACCAACGCUUCUGUUGUCUCCGCAAACCAUUCCAUGGCUAGGCUGUUGGACACCGGGAACCUCGUUUUGGUUCAUCCAGAAACCCUGAGCUUUAUAUGGCAGAGCUUUGACUUUCCGACCGACACUUUGCUUCCGUUUAUGAAACUAGGGCUCGAACGCCGUACUGGGCUAACCGGCAACUGCACCUAUGCGAUUGAUCCAACCGGGUAUCCACAGCUGUUCUUAUACGAGGGUGGGACUCCUUUGUGGCAGGGCGGAUCUUGGACCGGACAAAGAUGGAUCGCCGUACCCGAAAUGACACAGAAUUUCAUCUUCAACGUCAGCUACGUGCAAAAUCAAGAUGAGAUCACAAUUGAAUACGGUGUCACUGUACCUAACGUUUUCACUAGAAUGAUGGUGGAGGAACCUGGGGUCGUGAAGCGGUCUGCUUGGCACGAGACCAGGUGGGUCGAGUUUUGGUCCGUCCCGAAAGAGAAGUGCGAUAAGGAUAAUUACCAAGAAUGCGGUCCAAAUAGUUACUGUGACCCGAACAACCUAGAAAAGUUCGAGUGCACGCGCUUGCCCCGGUUCGAACCCAAGUCGGCCCGUGAUUGGUUCCUGAGAGAUGGGUCGGGCGGGUGCGUGAGGAAUCAAGGAGUGUUCACGUGCAACAGCGGAGAAGGGUUCGGGAAUCGUGCACGCGUAAAGGUGCCGGAUACCUCGAUAGCACGUGCAAACAUGAGACUGUCGUUGAGCGCAGAGCAAGAGUGCUUAAAGAAUUGUACUUGUACGGCAUACACCAUUGCAAACGAGACAAAAGGAGGGAUUGGGUGCCUUACAUGGCACGGCAACUUGGUGGACACGAGAGUUUAUUCCAAUGGAGGACCUACGUGUGGAUGCAGCUACUUUAGUAAGAUAGUUGCAGCCAUGGAUAACUUCUCUAUUUCUAACAAGCUAGGAGAAUGUGGUUUUGGAUCAGUGUAUAAGGGUUACUUAUACAAGGGAAAGGAAAUAGCAGUAAAAAGACUAUCAAAGUACUCAGGACAAGGGAUAGAAGAGUUCAAGAAUGAAGUUGCAAUCAUUGCUAAACUUCAACAUAGAAACCUUGUGAGAAUUCUUGGUUAUUGCGUUCAGGAAGAAGAAAAGAUGUUAAUCUAUGAGUACUUGCCAAACAGAAGCUUGGAAACUUUCAUUUUUGAUGAAACAAAAAGGUCAUUGUUAGAUUGGGGCAAAUGCUUUGAGAUUAUUUGUGGGAUUGCUCGAGGGAUCCUAUAUCUAACUCAAGACUCAAGAUUAAGGAUUAUCCUUAGAGAUCUAAAGGCCAUCAAUGUUCUACUUGACAAUGCAAUGCAUCCAAAAAUUGCAGAUUUUGGUAUGGCUAGAAUUGUUGGAGGGGAGUCAGGGGACCAAAUUGAAGCAAAUACAAAUCGUGUAGUUGGAACAUAUGGUUAUAUGUCUCUAGAGUACGCAAUGCAUGGACAAUUUUCAGUGAAGUCAGAUGUAUACAGCUUUGGGGUUUUGCUACUGGAGAUUAUUUCUGGCAAAAGGAAUAGAAAGAAGGCAAAGAAGGUUUGGGAGUUAUGGAAAGAACGCAAAGCCAUGGAAAUAGUUGAUUCAUCACUAGUUGACAAAACCCAUGAUAAUGAAGUUGCAAGAUGCAUUCAAAUUGGGCUUUUGUGCUUGCAAGAAUAUGCAACAAAUCGACCAAACAUGUCAGCAGUUGUUGCAAUGUUGGGUAAUGACACACCUUUUCCUUCUCCACAACAACCUGCAUUUGUUUUGAAGGGUAGUAGCCAUGAGAAAGACACAUCAACUAGCGAAUAA